UUGUAAUGCCGGAAGAAGGAACUUGGACAGACCUGGAGCCGGCAUAACAAACUGUGAUGCUGGGUUGAAAGUGAUGCAUUCCUAUCGAUCGAAACAAUGUGGACCAAGGUUAGUUUGACAAGGUUAGCGUCAAGCCUGCUGGACUUAGAGUUUUGGGGAACCGUGGAGGCCCGAGGAUGGGUCUACCUGUCUAAGGAAAGGGAAAAUGUCAUGAUUAUAGAGCUUGCCUUAGGAGUACUCCCAUAUAAGUUGUUCAAGGAGGCCGAGCGGGAAGUGGUGUGGGCUGCGUGCCAACGGGUGGAAAUGGUGAUGGAAAAGAUUGAGGUGCGGGUGGAACUCGGGGAUAGAGAGAAUGUACGGAAGCCCUUUAGAACCCUGAGGUGUGUCAUGCCGCCCUUGAUGGUAGACGCCGUCUUCGGGACCCGGAGCAGGCUAGUGCGGAUAUGCAGAUCCAUGACCAACCUGGGACUGUACCAAGGGGCCCGUCAGGACUUUUUCCGCUUGUCAGUCGAAAUGGGGCCAUUUGAAGGGAACUGGGCAAGGGAGCUGGCCACGAUACUGAACCAUCUUAGCACGGACGGCCUGUUCGUCCCGAGUGACGUGCAUUGGAAGAUAGUAUAUAGGAAUGUCGCGAUAGGGGAGACGUUCCUGGAAGGGGUACAGGACCUAUGAGGUUCAAGGAUGGCAAGGGAGCAAAGCAUGAGGGAACGGAUGUUUAGAGGAUGGACACCUAGGCGGCUCGGGGGAGGGGUGGAGAUGGUCCUACCCACAAGGAACGAAUGGAGAGGGACGGCCUGUGACUGCGUAGGGGUGGAAAUUGAGACCGCCCUGUCCUUUUUGUGGGUAGAAAGGGUGUGGAAUCCGAUCAGGGAAAAUGAGGCGUGGGACGAGAUAGCUGAGGGGGACGUGGAGUCACUCGGAACUGUGUACCUGUCUAGAGAGGGGUGGCACCUGUUCUGUGUAUACCUGGCCGCGGGAUGGGACCCGACGUGGAUCUUAGGGAACGCCGAGCGACUGACCUGGGAAAUGGGUUGGGAAUUUGCAAACGAAGGAUUGGAUGAGGUGAGGAGCACGGUCGUGAUGGGAGGAUGGGAAAAUCUUAGACGCCCAUAUCAGCUGGUUCAGACGAAGGUGCCGCAUUUCGUAGCAAAUUGGUUCAGGGGUUAUGAACAUAUCCGCGCGGUCGCAGAGUCUUUGGACGAAGUGGAGCUGGGAUUCACCUGGUUGGCAGACGCCUAUUAUGAGGCCUCGUUACGACUGGGGCCCUUCCACAGGGACCGCGCCGACGAAGUAGUUGAGAUCUUGAAGGCCCUUAGGGGCGACCGACUCGACCAGCCAGGGACCAGGAGCUGGAAGCGGCGCGACAUGGCCAGGCGACGGACGCUCUGGGAGGACCGGCCCCGCGGAAUUCGACCGCCUCGGAUCUCGGAAGGAAGGAUGGAAAUUACCAUGCCAACCGGGGGUGGGGUGCACAACCCGGUGAUGGAUUGGGUGGGGGUAGAGCUAGUAGAGGAUACAAUUUACCUAGUGGUGGAACUAGAAUGGCGCGCAAGGGGGGAGUUCGGGGGAGUGAGCCCGGAUCUGCCGGGGCGUGUACACGCCACGGAGUCCCUGUACCUAUCCGAAGAGGGGUGGAGGACCUUCGGGGUGGCUUUGGCCGCCGGCGGCGACCCCAUGUGGAUGUUCGACGGGGCGUGGCAAGUAACCUGGAGGGAAGGAUUCGCGUUCGCAGAUCCGGAACGGGACGAUGUGACGGCAGUCGUUCGAGUGCUCGAAGUGGGGGCCUGCAUCUUGCCCCACGAAAACGUGCGUAUGAGUUUGUCGCCCUUCCUACUUGGCCGCUUGGGGGGAGCGGAGCGUGUGGAGCAGGUGGUGGCAGCUUUGAGUAGGCUAAGUUUUCGUGACAUGACGGUGUGCCAAGAAUAUUACCGAGCCUUCUUAGAGUCGGGCCCCUUUGAAGGAGACCAGGAAUACGAGGUGUUGGGAAUUCUGCAUGCUGUCAUAACAACCAGGCCAAAGGACGACGAGAACUUGGGUAUAGACGGAGAUGUAGAGCGAGAAGAGGACGCCUUAGGCGACCGGGAGUCAGCAAAGUCGCCAGGGGCUAGGGAAGGGAGUAAGGAGAUCGUCCUUGCUGGAAGCUCGGGGAAGGGUGGAGGAAGCAAGCGUGGAACCCAGGAGGCUAAGGAGGUUAGGGACAAAGGCAGCCCAACACGCCAGCACUUGGAAGGCGCGGAACAUAAGAAGGUAAGACUGACAGAUACGCGAAAGAGGCUGGCAAAAGUGGAAAAGAGGACGACAGAAUUUAGGGCAAAAUUAUUGGAAGAAAUAAUGAACGAGAGCGAGAGGAACCCGGCGGACGGAAGGAUACGAGAGGAAGAGGAGGCAAGUCAAGGGAAAGGGGGCCAGGACGCAGACGUACAUCAGAGGAAGGACCGGCCCAAGGAUCCGAGGGGGACCCCAACGAGGAAAGAGAAGGAAAAAGCGGACUCUCCUGGAAGGGCCAUAGAGAGACCUACCAACCCGCCUCUCUUGGAUAGUGGAGCCAGCCGACCUUCAGCGUCCCCAGCAAUCGCCAGGGGGUGCGAGGGAAUCUGGAGUCUGAGGGAGAGGGUGCUGGGGUGGUUUGAUCCGGAGGGGACUGCGAGGACGAGAGGAAGAUCAAACACAAGCAAGGAAGAUUUGGGGGCCGGAUCAGCGGCAGGGUCAGGAAUGGUCGAAGGAGGGCUUAGGAAAGUUGUGUCAUCCCUCACCCGCGCGCUAAGCAAAAAUCAUGGAUACUUGGCCGGCGCUAAGAAGAAACUGACCUUUGACGGAGCAAAUAUCACUAAGUUCCUAAUAGAUUAUGAGAACCUGGCGGCACUCCUGAGGUGGAGCAAGGAAGAGAAGAUGGAGCACCUGGGGCAGCACGUGUCGUUGAACCUAGAGAGAGACAUAAUGGCGAUUGUCGCCACGAGCGGAUCGUGGAAGGAGGCUCGGGACGUGAUGAUGAGAAAAUACCUGGCAGCCGAGAAGAUGACCACGGAAGCAGAACUGGCCACUGUGCAACGAAAGGACUUCGCAACGUACAAUGACUUCCUGAGAGAAUUUACUCCCGUAGCGUUGUGCAUCCUCGGGGUUACUGAUCGAAUAAUGAGCAAGUACUUCCUAAGACAGUUCACAGAGUUCGAUAAGGAUAAAAUCCUGUCAGCAAUUCAGCAAACCGCAAAAUUCAUGAACACCAGGGAUUUACAGGACACGGCGAGCUGCUCCGCCUCAUCGGAACUGGGGGAGACACGCCCAGGGAAAUUGGCAACCUGGUCGCCUUCCUUCGAGGAGAGCGCUAGAAAGGGGGCUUUCGCGCGAAUGGAAGGAAUGAGAGAGAGGGUGGAAAUAAUGAUAGAAGAGGCGUUCAGCAAGAAGGAGUGGGUCAAGAUGGGACUUCCACAAAAAAAGCGGAGGCCGGAUGAAGAUGUCCUAGGAGUCAUGGUAGUGGAAAAGGAAACAGAGGUGGAAUUGGGAGCGAGUCUGCCAAAGCGAGGAGACGCCCGAGGCGAAGGCACCAGGAUAACGCUAGAGAUCCCGGAUCUUCUCCACCUAAUCAAGGCAAUCAGGUAUCACAAGGUAGAAGUUGACCCCGCCUCUCUCGUCAGGUUUGAGGAGGAAGUUCGGAAGGGUUACUGCCUGAACGGCGAGUUGGUUAGCAUCCAGGCUCGAAUUGCGAAAGUAGCGCAAGCAACCCCGGCGGUUCAUUUUUUAGAAGAGAUCUCGGAAGGAAGCGUUCGCAAAUAUAAACCAGUAGGAAAGAAGGUGAAGCCAGUCUCCAUCCUGCUGGAAAUGACUAAGGAGGAGGCCAUGGAGAAGGAGGAAGAAGUCCUCCGGGUAAUCAAGGAAAGAAGGGCAGCCGAGGGGCAUAGGAUACUGGACGAAGUAGCUCAGACCAUGAAGAUAGGGGUGGAAGGGUUCCUGACGGAACAAGAGGUGCGGGUAAUCAAGGAGGCAUGCCAAGAAUUCCACUUAGCUUUCGCCUUUAACGACCACCAGAAGGGGCGGCUAGAUGCAAAGUUGAUUCUUCCAGUCAGAAUCCACACAGUUGAGCAUGAAUGUUGGAAUGACAAGGGGUCCGCCUAUGACUUCGGAAUCGCCUCGCCUCCCGGUAGCGCUGCGCCCCCCUAUUUGUUGGCGGAUCUCCUGGCUGAAUCCCAUGCCAGACGUAGCAUUUAUUCGUUGAUAGAUCUGUACUCGGGGUAUGAUCAGCUUCCGUUGGAUGCCCGAGACAGACCCUACACAGCUAUGCACACGUCGGUAGGCCAGCUGCAAAUGCAGGUCACGCCCAUGGGUUUUACCAACGCAGUAGCAGAAGCGGAAAGGAGGAUGCUUGCGGUUGCAGGGGACAUGUUUCCUGCGAAGUGCGAGCCCUAUAUCGAUGACAAUCCCGUAAUAGGGGCGCGAGAAAAGGAUGAGACGAAGGUCCAACCAGGAGUAAGAAAGUUCGUAUGGGACCACCUACAGGAUAUCAAAGAGCUGCUCCAAAGGUUCCUGGAGUAUAACAUCAUUGCUAGUGGUCCAAAGAGUAUCCUGGCAGUCCCGGAAGUCACCAUUUCGGGGUUCCGUUGUGGAGCUUACGAAAGGAAGCCAGGCCCGGCCAAGAACGACAAAAUUGCUCAGUGGCCUACGCCCCUCCGAACCACAACAGAAGUGAGGGCCUUCCUGGGCGUCGUAGGCUUCUGGAGAAUCUUUAUAAAAGGCUUCGCGAAGAUGGCAGAACCUAUUCGGGCCAUGAUCCGCGAGGAAGGUACGCUUGACAAGACCGAGGACCGGGAGGCGGCCGUCCAGACCUUGAAGAAGAUACUGACAUCCGAAGAGGUUACCCUUGCUGCUCCGUGCUUCAAUGAUGAAGUAAGACGCCCCUUCGUGCUUGAAACCGAUGGGGGACCACUAGCCGUGGGUGGGGUAUUGAUUCAGAAAGGCGAAGAUGGGAGAGAGUGUCCCAUUAGAUUCGAGAGUAAAACGCUCAACGCAGUCGAGCGUCGCUAUUCUCAGUUCAAGAAGGAGGUGUUUGCGAUACUCCACUGUCUCAAGACCUUCGAGGCGUAUAUCUUUGGGAGAAGGUUCAUCUUGAGGAUAGAUCCGACCAAUGUCGCAGGAGCCUUAAAGAACAAUAGACCUAUCGAUUCCACCGUGGGGAGAUGGGUAGGGUUCAUUUGGCAAUUCGACUACGAGAUUGAGCGCAUUGCCGAAGACAGCCCAAGCAAAAUGGAGUUCAAUCACGAAAAUGACAUUAACCAGGCAAACGCCGCUUGUGAGGAUCCGUGGAGGCAGCCAAACAGACCGCGAAAUAGACAAAGACCGGUCCUGGUUAUUGGGCCGCAGCCAAGAGCGUCACUAGGGAGAAGAAAGAGAAAGUUGCCAGCCCGUAAACCCUCGCCCACCAAAGAAGGCGAAGUGUUACCGGCCUGGUCAGAAGAGGAGGAUGAGCAGAGAAUGGAAGGGAAGGGGGAAAAAACUAAGCAAGCCAAUCAUGACAAGGAAAGGCAGGAUGGAAAUGACAGUUAUCCGGACGAUGAGGCUCAAGAAGUCAUUGUGCUAAGCAGUGAGGACGAGACGGAUGAGAUAUCAAGGCCAAGGGAGGAAAGGCAGUCUCCGGCAAAAACCCCGGAUAAAGGAGCCACCAAUUGGGAGGAAGAAUUUGGGUCAAUGCCCAGUCACUCGUUUGAACAAUGGGCCAGUAUGGUUAAGCACGAGUGGAUGAUCAAAGCACAAAGGUUGAUGGCGGCAGGGAGGACACCUACGUCGUUGGACUUUUUCACUGAAAAAGAUAUGCAGUUGGCAAAGGAAAAGAGGGAUGAGAUUCGAACUUAUGGGUUAGGCAUGGAGCCACCCUCGGGGGACAGCAGCGAGAAAGGGGCUAAACGCCGAAGGACAGAUUCGAGUGCUAGGGACUAAGAACGGGUUGGCAAGGGAACGCGAUGGCAAAAGCAAAGGGCGGCUAGAAUUGGGAUAGUCGGGUGGGUCAUGAAAGGCAUGAGAUUUGUAGACAAGAUGAAUUGGAUCUUCUAUCGUUUUGUUGUGGCCCUGCUAAGGAACUCUGUCAAGCCGUCGGAUGUAGAGACAUUUGUUAGAUUGGAACUUGUCAAGAGGCACGGGGCAGGAUGAGAUAAGGGGAAAGAGCAACUUUUUAUGUAUGGAGCUACUUUUAGAAUACAAUUUUGCAAGGCUGGACGGGAAAUCGAUUAAGACAUGAGCACCGGGUGUUGUUUCUUUAAGUAAAGUUAUUUUGACGAC